AUGAAUCAAGGGAGUGGAGAUGCAGCUGAGAAGAGGAGUGAACCGCCACCAUCCAAGAUCGAAGCUUUGGAUGGCUCCAACUACGAGGAAUGGAGCGGGCGGAUGCGGAGCGCCUUCAAGCGCUACAAGCUGCUGAAAAUUGCAAUGGGAGAGGAGAAGAUGCCGGGGGAAGGAGACGCCCGCGAUCGGUGGAUUGAGAAGAGCGCGGUGCUGUACGACUUGAUUCUACAGUCGGUCAACAACGACAUGUUCCAGCAUAUCAAGGAUUUGGUGGAGCUCGAUGACUCGGGACCAAAGGCGUGGAAGUUGCUACGCGACGUGGUUCAACCCAACACGCUGCCGAUGGUGAUCCUAUUGGAGAAGGAGUUGGCUGCCCUCUCCAUGCGGCCGGGAGAUGAUGUGAAGCCGGUCCUUGACAAGAUCAAGGACACCUAUGCGAGGAUAGCAGCGGCGGGCAGCGAAGUGUCGCAGAUGCAACAGUGCACCAAGAUCAUCUCGGUGCUCGACAACUCGUGGGACAACCUCAUCCCCACCCUCAACGUUCAGCAGGACAAAUGGACGCCUGAGUGGCUACGGCAGCAGAUCCUGCAGGAGGACUUCCGCAGGCGCCACACUGGAGGUGGUGCUGCCAACAAAACUGCUGAGGGGUAUGGAGCUGCAGGAGGCAGCAGAGGGAGAGGGGGAGGGAGAGGCCGAGGCCGUGGGAGAGGCUUUGGCAGAGGGAGAGGCCGAGGUGACUACAAUGAGGGGCAUGGGAGCUCUGGUGGCAGGGGGAGUACCCGAAUGGAGGGUGCGUGCUGGUACUGCAAGAAGGCUGGACACCCAUGGUUCAAGUGUUUCAGCCGGCCUGAAGGAUGGGCGCCUCCAGGCAUGAAGCCGCCAAGUGGUGAACGUGCACGAGGUGGUGCUGUGCAAGGUUCAGGUGCACAAGGUGAUGGUGCACAAGGUAAAGCCGACCCUGGUAUGUUCCUCAUGGUUGAGGACGUGCAAGGGAGUGGGGGUGAUGUGGGUUCAGUUGGGAAGGUUGUGAUGCACCCCCUCACUCACUGGGUGAUCGAUUCAAGUUGCACGAGUCACAUGACUCCACGGGCAGAUUUGCUUGAUGAGGUGAAGCCCCCUGGGAAGAUAAAGUUUGUGGCUGCCGCUUCAGGUGCCUUGCUCCCUGUGAUUGGUGUUGGGAAUGCCAAGGUUAUGGGAGCUAAUGGGGGGCUUGUGGGGCUGGGAAAUGUGCUGUUGGUUGAAGGCUUAUCCGCUAACCUCCUCUCUGUGCGCCGGCUGCAGAAAAGCAAGGCCAAAGCUACGUUCGGCCCAACCAGCUGCCGUGCAAAGCUUGGGAAGUUGCUGCUGUGGAAUCUGGAGGAGAAGAGCAGCUGCAUCAAGGACCUGUGGCAGCUGCCCAUCAUCCCUUGGAAUGGGAAACCUCCAGCAACGGCAAAGGCAGCGGCAGCGGCUAAGGCAACUACGGGAGGAGAGGAGAUUGCACCAACUGCUGGGGCCCUGGAUACAGUCAAGAAGGUGCAGCAGCCACAGCAAUCACAUGGUGAGGUGCUUGCUGGUGUGGAUGCAACGGCUGCAUGGGCAAAGGCUUCGUCUGGGAGUGGUGAGGCCGAUUGGGAGACGUGGCAUGAGAGGCUGUGCCAUGUGAACAUUCCUAUGCUGCAGAAGUUGGUAAAGGAUGGGUGCUUGAAGGGGCUGGAGGUGAAGGGGGGAGCAAAGGAGAUUGGGAGCUGCCCUACCUGCCUUGAGACCAAAUUCACGAAGUUUCCCUUCAGCAGCAGCACAGGACCAGCAAAGGCACCACUUGCACUAGUGCACAUGGAUGUGGUGGGCCCCACGAGGGCCCUUUCUCUCUCGGGCAGCCGCUACUUCUUGACAAUUGUGGACGACCACACGCGUGCGGUGUGGGUGUACCCUCUCAAGACUAAGGGGGAGGUGGCAGCGGCUGUUCUUAAGGAGUGGAUGCCGAGAGCACAAAGGGAGAGCGGACACAAGGUGAAGGUGAUCCGCACUGACAACGGAGGAGAGUUCAUCGGCGCUGAUUUUGAGAAGGAGCUGAAGCGGAAGGGGAUCCAGCAUCAGCUCACAGUGCCUUACAACCCUCAGCAGAAUGGCGUGGCUGAGCGGUUCAACCGGACCCUGCAGGAAGGUGCUCGCACUCUCCUUGGGCAUGCAGGGCUGCCGGAUCCGUUUUGGGUGACAGCACUGCGGCAGGUCGUUGUUGUGAAGAACCGGGUGCUGGCGACUGUGGGGGACAAGCAAUGGGUCCCCUACACCAAGUGGUAUGGGAGUGUGCCUGCAGUCAAGAUGCUAAGAACUUAUGGCUGUAUGGUGGUGUUUCAUGUGCCUAAGGAGAAGAGGGGAAAACUGGAAGCUUCUGGGAGAUGGGGUGUGCACUUGGGGCUUGCAAAGGAUCACAAGGGCUGGCUGAUUUGGGACUUGACCAGCCAGCAGCUGACUGUGUCGAGGGAUGUGAAGUUCCUUGAGUCCUUGUACUACAAGGAGUGGAAGCAGCAGCAGCAGAAGCUUCCUACUACACCGCUGAUCAUUGAGGCUGAUGAGGUGCAGCGGCCUUUGAGGCAAGUGCAGGUCACUGUCUCAGAGGAGGAGAUUUCUGGGGUGACUGAGGAUGGGGGAGAACCUGAGGUGGAGGAGCCGCAGCAGCAGCAGCAGCAGCAAGGUGCUCCACAAGCUGAGAAGAGGAGUGAACCGCCACCAUCCAAGAUCGAAGCUUUGGAUGGCUCCAACUACGAGGAAUGGAGCGGGCGGAUGCGGAGCGCCUUCAAGCGCUACAAGCUGCUGAAAAUUGCAAUGGGAGAGGAGAAGAUGCCGGGGGAAGGAGACGCCCGCGAUCGGUGGAUUGAGAAGAGCGCGGUGCUGUACGACUUGAUUCUGCAGUCGGUCAACAACGACAUGUUCCAGCAUAUCAAGGAUUUGGUGGAGCUCGAUGACUCGGGACCAAAGGCGUGGAAGUUGCUACGCGACGUGGUUCAACCCAACACGCUGCCGAUGGUGAUCGUAUUGGAGAAGGAGUUGGCUGCCCUCUCCAUGCGGCCGGGAGAUGAUGUGAAGCCGGUCCUUGACAAGAUCAAGGACACCUAUGCGAGGAUAGCAGCGGCGGGCAGCGAAGUGUCGCAGAUGCAACAGUGCACCAAGAUCAUCUCGGUGCUCGACAACUCGUGGGACAACCUCAUCCCCACCCUCAACGUUCAGCAGGACAAAUGGACGCCUGAGUGGCUACGGCAGCAGAUCCUGCAGGAGGACUUCCGCAGGCGCCACACUGGAGGUGGUGCUGCCAACAAAACUGCUGAGGGGUAUGGAGCUGCAGGAGGCAGCAGAGGGAGAGGGGGAGGGAGAGGCCGAGGCCGUGGGAGAGGCUUUGGCAGAGGGAGAGGCCGAGGUGACUACAAUGAGGGGCAUGGGAGCUCUGGUGGCAGGGGGAGUACCCGAAUGGAGGGUGCGUGCUGGUACUGCAAGAAGGCUGGACACCCAUGGUUCAAGUGUUUCAGCCGGCCUGAAGGAUGGGCGCCUCCAGGCAUGAAGCCGCCAAGUGGUGAACGUGCACGAGGUGGUGCUGUGCAAGGUUCAGGUGCACAAGGUGAUGGUGCACAAGGUAAAGCCGACCCUGGUAUGUUCCUCAUGGUUGAGGACGUGCAAGGGAGUGGGGGUGAUGUGGGUUCAGUUGGGAAGGUUGUGAUGCACCCCCUCACUCACUGGGUGAUCGAUUCAAGUUGCACGAGUCACAUGACUCCACGGGCAGAUUUGCUUGAUGAGGUGAAGCCCCCUGGGAAGAUAAAGUUUGUGGCUGCCGCUUCAGGUGCCUUGCUCCCUGUGAUUGGUGUUGGGAAUGCCAAGGUUAUGGGAGCUAAUGGGGGGCUUGUGGGGCUGGGAAAUGUGCUGUUGGUUGAAGGCUUAUCCGCUAACCUCCUCUCUGUGCGCCGGCUGCAGAAAAGCAAGGCCAAAGCUACGUUCGGCCCAACCAGCUGCCGUGCAAAGCUUGGGAAGUUGCUGCUGUGGAAUCUGGAGGAGAAGAGCAGCUGCAUCAAGGACCUGUGGCAGCUGCCCAUCAUCCCUUGGAAUGGGAAACCUCCAGCAACGGCAAAGGCAGCGGCAGCGGCUAAGGCAACUACGGGAGGAGAGGAGAUUGCACCAACUGCUGGGGCCCUGGAUACAGUCAAGAAGGUGCAGCAGCCACAGCAAUCACAUGGUGAGGUGCUUGCUGGUGUGGAUGCAACGGCUGCAUGGGCAAAGGCUUCGUCUGGGAGUGGUGAGGCCGAUUGGGAGACGUGGCAUGAGAGGCUGUGCCAUGUGAACAUUCCUAUGCUGCAGAAGUUGGUAAAGGAUGGGUGCUUGAAGGGGCUGGAGGUGAAGGGGGGAGCAAAGGAGAUUGGGAGCUGCCCUACCUGCCUUGAGACCAAAUUCACGAAGUUUCCCUUCAGCAGCAGCACAGGACCAGCAAAGGCACCACUUGCACUAGUGCACAUGGAUGUGGUGGGCCCCACGAGGGCCCUUUCUCUCUCGGGCAGCCGCUACUUCUUGACAAUUGUGGACGACCACACGCGUGCGGUGUGGGUGUACCCUCUCAAGACUAAGGGGGAGGUGGCAGCGGCUGUUCUUAAGGAGUGGAUGCCGAGAGCACAAAGGGAGAGCGGACACAAGGUGAAGGUGAUCCGCACUGACAACGGAGGAGAGUUCAUCGGCGCUGAUUUUGAGAAGGAGCUGAAGCGGAAGGGGAUCCAGCAUCAGCUCACAGUGCCUUACAACCCUCAGCAGAAUGGCGUGGCUGAGCGGUUCAACCGGACCCUGCAGGAAGGUGCUCGCACUCUCCUUGGGCAUGCAGGGCUGCCGGAUCCGUUUUGGGUGACAGCACUGCGGCAGGUCGUUGUUGUGAAGAACCGGGUGCUGGCGACUGUGGGGGACAAGCAAUGGGUCCCCUACACCAAGUGGUAUGGGAGUGUGCCUGCAGUCAACAUGCUGAGAACUUAUGGCUGUAUGGUGGUGUUUCAUGUGCCUAAGGAGAAGAGGGGAAAACUGGAAGCUUCUGGGAGAUGGGGUGUGCACUUGGGGCUUGCAAAGGAUCACAAGGGCUGGCUGAUUUGGGACUUGACCAGCCAGCAGCUGACUGUGUCGAGGGAUGUGAAGUUCCUUGAGUCCUUGUACUACAAGGAGUGGAAGCAGCAGCAGCAGAAGCUUCCUACUACACCGCUGAUCAUUGAGGCUGAUGAGGUGCAGCGGCCUUUGAGGCAAGUGCAGGUCACUGUCUCAGAGGAGGAGAUUUCUGGGGUGACUGAGGAUGGGGGAGAACCUGAGGUGGAGGAGCCGCAGCAGCAGCAGCAGCAGCAGCAAGGUGCUCCACAAGGUGCCGCAUGUCCGGCUGACUGUCCUAGGAGGGAUGUGCACCCUCCUAACAGGCUGACCUAUGCGAGCUAUGGCACGCAAAGUGUGGUACCGGCUGGAAGUGUGGCUGAGCAGAUGGAUGAGGAUGAGAUAGCAUAUUGCUAUGGAGCUGCAAUGAGAUGGUUUGGUGGAUAG